AAAAUUGUAAACGUUUUUCAAUAUCUUGUUUCUUCUCACUUCAAAUAAAGGAAAACUUGAAAAAAUGGCCGCAUUGAGAGUUUCAUUAAUUUUGUUAGCAACGUUUUUGAUGAUUAUUGCACCCAGUGCAUUGGGACAGCCAUCACGGUGUAUUCGAAACGGUGGUCGGUGCCAAUGGACCGGAGCUUGGGGCAAUUGUUGUUCAACAUUUUGUUAUCAACAAGAAGGAUGGACCGAAGGCUACUGUCGUGACCGCGACCAACCACCAACACUUCCUCCUUCUGAAGCUUAAAUAACAAUUUUACCACUUUUCUUUACAACAAACGAAACAUUCGAUGUAAUUAAAUUACUUGCGAUGUUUCUUAUAUCAAGAAUAAUUGGUGUACAUUUAAAAAAAAAUGUCAUUCAAUAAAUGGCCAUAAAAACGCA